AUGGGAGUCCUAGCUGGUGACAGAAGCACGGGCGCGGCGGGGGGCGACGGUCCUGAGCUCGACACGGCCACCGUUGUCGGCAUCUCCGUCGCCAUCGCCGGCAACAUCCUCAUCUCCCUCGCGCUCAACCUCCAGAAGCUCGCCCACAAGCGCAUCGAGCGCGAGCGGAACAAACAGCGCGAUGAAGAGAGCGGCUCCCACACACCCGACACGCCCUCUGAGCGGCCAUAUAGUCAACACGAACUAGACAGCGUUCUGGUAGACUCGCCGACUUCCCAUCUCCCCGAUGAACGCCAGCCCCUCAUCCCCUUCCCUCACGAACCUGGUGCCUACUCUGCUACAUCCUCGGGUCAGUCUACGCCCAUCACAACUCACGCUGUACGCCAUAAACCAUCCCACCUGGCUCGCCUACUUGCUAGACGGGAGAAUCGCCGAUCGCUAGUCGACGCAAUAGCGCCCUUUCCCGAUCGCGACGCCCCGGGCCAUAUCACCCAAAUACCCAUAGAUGUUGUUGCGGAAGACGACCUCCCGACACAUACGCGUAAGAAGGCAUCGAAUGGGACACCUGCACGCAAGCCACCAUCCAGUCCAGUCGAUAACGAAACCGCGUACCUGAAAUCCAAGCUAUGGUGGACCGGGUUCCUCCUCAUGAACGUAGGCGAGCUCGGAAACUUUAUCUCGUACGCGUGGGCGCCCGCAUCUGUGGUGGCACCCCUUGGCACGUUCGCCCUCAUUGCCAACUGCUUCUUUGCCCCUCUCAUGAUCGGCGAGCGGUUUCGCAAAAGGGAUCUCCUGGGUAUCUGCAUUGCUGUCGUGGGCGCCGUCACCGUCGUCUUGUCCACUCAAUCCUCGGACACGCGCCUCAACCCCGACGCACUCAUCCGGGCUAUUUGCAAGACGUCCUUUGCGGUGUACACCAUCGUGUACCUCGUCCUGGGACUCAUCUUCGUCAGCUUAUCGCCAGGACGCCUCGGUCAGAAGUAUGUGUUUAUCGACGUCGGACUGUGCGCCCUGUUUGGCGGCUUCACGGUUCUGUCAACAAAGGCUGUGUCCACUCUGCUCACCAUGGAAUGGGUCAACAUAUUCACCCACUGGAUUACCUACGUCGUAAUCAUGGUCCUCAUCGUCACCGGUGUCGGCCAAAUCCGCUACCUGAACCGCGCCCUCAUGCGCUUCGACUCCAAAGUCGUCAUCCCCAUGCAAUUCGUCCUCUUCAACCUCUCCGCCAUCGUCGGCUCCGCGAUCCUCUACGGCGACUUCGAGCGCGCCAAGUUCCACCAGAUCGUCACGUUCCUGUAUGGAUGCGGGGCGACGUUUCUGGGCGUAUUCAUCAUUGCGUGGGCGGGGCCGGGGGAUAAUGGCGAUGGGGAGGGGGAGGAGAAUGGGAACGGGGAAGAUGGGGAGGAAGAGGAGGACGAUGAGAGGGUGUGGCAGGGUAGGGAGGGGAAUGGAGGCGGCGAGGCGGAUGCGAACGAGCUCCGGAAUGCGAUACACCGAUCGCCGAGAGGGAGUGUGGGGAGGAGACGGAGACCGGUGCUUAUUGUGCCGUCUGGCAAUCGUGACCUGCCGGUUCUGAGGAGGAAGCAGAGCAUUAUGGGACUUUCACCCGCGCAUGUGAGCUUAUAUCUGCCCGCUGCGGUGUCAGAUGAUUUGGAUCACCCAACUGACUCUCCUGCCAGCCUCUCCUUCUCGUACAUACCCCGCCCAGCGAGAUUCCUCGCGAGUGGGACUUCGGACCCUCUCACAGAAGCCGCAGUCCUCCCUUCAAUCGCAGCCCGACCUUCGACGCUACAACGCUUCCACGCAUACGCGAAACCGGUCAAUCCCGACUACGAGGAGACAGCCUCAACGCGCGCCUACAGGGAAGCAGGCUAG